AAACCAGUUGACACAUCCCUCAAUAGGAGCGGUCAUUGAGCUGUUUCCUUAUUGAGAUAAAAACAAUUGCACAGAAUUUUCGGAACUUAAAUUCAACAAGUAGAUUUGUUUUAUUUCUUAUUGCAAUUUCUCGUCAUGCACGGAUAUUUCACAAUCCUCAUAAUUUUUUGCCUCAUCACUACCAGCCUGCUGAUGCUUUUUUAUAUUAGCAAUGGUCCUGAGAAAAAGGAUUCAUCAUACAUUAGGAGCCUCCCAGGUAACAUAAAAUGUGACAGUGGCCCUCGGAUCAUUGAUUUCCCCAAAAAGCCCAUAGGGCCAUUUUUCAAUGACAAUCCCUCUUGUGCCUGUCGAAACAAUAAUUCAUUAAACCAGUUUGUGCCUGAAAAUGAAUUACAGGAUCUUCAAAAGCGCAGAAUAGAAGAGUACAAACAACACCAGAUCAGAACGGGCAAACAGAACGAUGUUCUUCUACUUGCCCCUCCUAACACCCCCCUUCAGUAUCCCAUCAGAGGAUUCAGAGUAUCGCCCAUGAAUAAAACUCUUAUUCCUGGUCUAGCUGUACAAACACAAAACAGGGACAUUUACCAGGUGUCCCUUAGGGUGGGGAAAGGUGUGCUGUCAGUAAUAGAUGUUCAGGAAGGAGAGGAUGUGAACGGAGAGAAUGAAGGAAUUCUGACCAUCUCAUCCACCAGUGUUGAAAAACUCAAUGAUCUGCUGAGCCGAGUGACCUACACCAGCACCAUCUACCACAUCAAGACUGAAGAUCUCGCUUACUUUUCUUUUGAGAACCAUGAGGUCAUAUUCCCGAUCACGAUCAGACGUCUGUCAGUUCCUGUUCUUUAUGAUCCGGGGAAAGAUAUAAACUCUCUGGUGACUGUACUGGUGAAAGCAUUUUUGAGAUAUAAAGAACUGAAAGUUCUUAUUGAGAGUAUUCGUGUUAACUACCCAAACAUAAAGAUCAUUAUUGCAGACGACAGUCAUGAGCCAGAGAAGAUUGAUGGAGACAAUAUAGAGCAUUACAUCAUGCCUCCAGCACAGGGUUGGUUUGCAGGCAGAAAUCUGGCAGUGUCACAAGUCACCACUAAAUACUUCUUAUGGGUGGAUGAUGACUUUGUGUUCCUGAACCAGACACGUAUAGAGAGUUUUGUGAAGAUCAUGGAAGCCGUCCCUGAACUAGAUGUGGUUGGCGGUGAGGUUGACGGAAAUCGGUUUGCCUUUAAAUUGCUCUAUCAAGAGGGAAACAGCGAUGAAGGCGGCUGCAUCACACGUGUCAAAGCAACAUACGGACCCGUGCCAGGAUUGGACAAAUGCUUCUUCGUCGAUGGGGUCGUCAACUAUUUCAUGGCCCGAACGGAUGCUGUGCGAAGGGUCGGUUUUGACCCGUUCCUCAAAAGGGUGGCUCACACUGAAUUUUUCCUUGACGGACUUGGAGAAUUGUUAGUCGCCACCUGUCAAGGCCUGAGAAUUGGUCAUCAGAAGCAUACUUCGUCAGGCACCUACAAACAUUUCAGACAUCCUCCAAAAGCUGAUGGGCACAGAAAACUAAUCCAUCAUUAUUUUAAGAACCAUUUAAAAUGCAUAAUUUACUGAAGGAUCAUCACAGGUGAAAUGUUCCUCUCACAACACUCAGUUCCUCUUUUAGGUGAUCUGAAAUGAACUUAAUUGAAUAUUUGGUGGUUUUCUGAAAGUCCUUAUACUGGUAUUGGUUAUAAAAAAAAAUAUGUGGUUACUCUUGGGGGGCAAAUUCUCCUUUAAAUGUAUACGUUUUUAUUUAUUAUUAUAAAUGUAAUGUAUUAAUUUGAGCACAUUUUGUUACUUAAUUACAUCUACGAAAAGCUGCAAACAUACUGUGUAACUAAUGCAUAUAAUAAAAUACUAUAUAAUUUAACAUAUAA